CCUGAUGAAGGCGCAAAGAGGAAGGUCGUUUCUCCGCGUGCAUUCGAGAUCAGAGGCAGCAGAGAUGGUUCCUCCAGAAACUGGAUGCUCCUCAUCAGAUUAUCAGCUUCCAGGAGCCUGCCUACUGCACUCAAGGAUCGCACAGGGGAGUGCAGCCUGCCCUCUUUCCGGGUGAUAUUUAUGUGGGGUUUCUGGCUCCUGGCUGGGCUGUGUGCUACCCCUACAGAAACAGCAGCCUGGAGCAUUUCAGUGCAGGUUGGGGGAAUUUUUCGGCUCAGCCAAGUUGCAUGGAUGCUCUAAAUGCCUGCAGGACAGAGAACUCCUGAAUCUGGCCAUGGGAUGCAUUGGCACGCCGAGAGGAGCCCUCCUUUAAGAUGGGGAAUAAGCAAACGAUAUUUACUGAUGAACAGCUAGAUGCCUAUCAGGAUUGCACCUUCUUCACACGAAAGGAAAUACUUCGGUUGCACGGCCGAUACCACGAACUGGCCCCAAACAUGGUACCCAUGGACUAUACCAGGAAUCCAGAUGUUAAACUACCUAUACAGCUCAUAGUAAACAUGCCAGAGCUAAAGGAUCUUAUGAAUUCCGUCUUUCUGCAGGAGAACCCCUUCAGGGAGAGGAUCGUCCACUCUUUCUCUGAAGACGACGAGGGGAGCCUGAGCUUCAACGACUUUGUCGACAUGUUCUCUGCACUCAGUGAAACGGCACCCCGAGAGCUGAAAGCAAUCUAUGCCUUUAAGGUCUAUGAUUUUAACGUGGACAACUUCAUUUGUAAAUCUGACCUGGAACAAACCCUCAACAGGCUGACGAAAGAAGAGUUGACAGAAGAAGAAGUUAGUCUGGUGUGCGAGAAAGUCAUCGAGGAGGCUGAUAUGGAUGCGGACGGAAAGCUUAACUACACCGAUUUUGAAAACAUGAUUUCCAAGGCUCCAGACUUUCUCAGCACGUUCCAUAUACGAAUCUGAAAACGCUGGUGUGAGCCACUGGAAAUCACUUGACAUCCGUCUUGCCUCUCAGAAGCUCAGGCAACGUGUGGGUUUUCAUUUUCCAGUAUGACCUUAGUUUGGCAACAGGGACUCAGAUAAGCUUGGACUUCUGCCACAGUAUGAAAGGGUCCUGGAUUUCCAAGUUCUUUGGGUUACCUAUGGAGGUUUUUUGUUGCUCAUCACAGUUGACUAACAAUGUUGUGGUGUAAAGUGGUGGGGUUGUUAUUUUUUUUAACUAGACAGAAUGUUGUCCAAUGUAUCACCCUGUGAUUUUUAUACUUGUAAAGAUUUGAUAAUGUUGUCCCUCAAAGCAAAAAAACAAAACCCUCCCACAAAAUCGCACCCCAACAGCAAAUGAUCUAGAAGAUAUGCUGAGUCAACCAGAAAAGAUCAAAAUGCUGGCCUUAAAAGUUGAUGUCUCCAUCGUUGCAUAGCACAGUGCAAGGUCUAUUCCGAGCAGUAACAGACAUUGAUGGAUGUCUACAAUCAAGAUUGUAUUCGUAGAGUAGAAGAUGAUGGGGACACUGGAUUUUUGCCAUUGGGGUCAUAUCAUUGGCUUCGGUAAUUGUGCAGCUAGUGGAAUGUGGAUGCUCAUAACCUUAACGAAACUUGAACCAUGUUCCUUUUCUACUUCAUUUGCAUAAGAACUUAAUUUCUUUCUGCAAACAGACUCUUUGGAUUGUGCCUUUGGCGUUCAAGGAGGUCAAUAUUCCCUCUAAGAGAGAGUCCCAGAUGUUGUUGACUACAACUUCCAAAAUCUCUAAGCAAAAGCCAUUGCAGCGGAGGAUUCUGGGAGUUGUAGUCAACAACGUCUGGGAAUUCCUCUUAGAGGGAACACUGGCCUUGUUUAUUCUCAUAUCCUCAACCAAUUAUUAUAAUAACAGAUGGCAAAAAAGCACCCCUAAAGACCCAUCAAGAAUAUACUCAUGAAGCACAUCAUCAACAAAAAGGACAUUUUCCUGCUUUUAUAUUUUUAAAGAAAAGCCAGCUAUGCAAAUCUCCCUCGUCAAAUGCACGAUUGCAACUUCCUUUCUCCACUCUCACUCUCUUUUCUCACAAAGCAGCUUCAUGGCGUCUCUCCUUUAAGUCUCGACUGAAAACUGGGGCAUGACGACAAUCACACCAUGCACCAUCACUGUUCUCUAACAGUCUGAAAUGAAGGGCUCCGAUCCACACCUAUGGCUUCUGUAUCUAAGGCCUCCAUGAUUAAAACUCUCACU